ACAGUACAAUGAUACAACAGGGCAAUACUAAACCGACUGUGGAUGGCUGGAAGGAAGAUAAAACCCUUGGUUCUGGAGGGUUUGGUACUGUAGUUCUGUGGAAAAAUGAGGAAACAAAUGAAGCAGUUGCUAUCAAACGAUGUAGAGUUCAAAAUGAGAUGACUGACAAGCAUCGUCAGCGAUGGUCUUUGGAAGUAGAUAUUAUGAAACGCCUUGAUCAUCCAAAUGUGAUUUCUGCACGAGAAGUGCCACCAGCUUUGGAUGUGAAAGAAAAUGAACUGCCAUUGCUAGCUAUGGAGUAUUGUUCUGGAGGGGACCUCAGGAAG